GAUGGCGACUCUCGAUGGUGGAAACAAUUUGAUUGACAAUGACGUGCCCACCGCCGUGCAUUUUCUUAAUAAUCUCACUGAACAGGUGGCGUCUGUCACGGGUCAUAUACGGAACUUGAUAAAGCGAGUUCAGGAAAAAGCAUACCAGACAUCCAAGGGGUUGUCUUAUCUGGAUCUGCGGUACCACCUUCUAUUAUUCUACCUCCAAGAUUUGACGCACUUGAUUAGCGUGAAAUCAGAGGGAGGUAGUAUAAAGGCCAACAGCGCUAUUAGCAGACUGGUAACGAUUAGAACGGUUCUGGAGAAAAUGCGACCGCUGGAUCAGAAGCUUAAGUACCAGAUUGACAAACUGGUGCGGACGGCAGUGACUGGAAGCCUUGCUGAAAACGACCCCCUGCAUUUCCGUCCCAAUCCGGAAAAUCUGAUCAGCAAACUCAAUGAAUCUGAGGGUUCAGAUGAUGAAGAGGGUACAGCAAAUGACUCUGAGAAAAAGGCGCCCUCUGCUGGCAAAAAAUAUGUGCCACCACGAAUUGCUCCGAUGCAUUACGAUGGUGACUUGACAGAGGCUGACAGGCAGAAGGAGGGAGCAGACAGACGGAGACGCGCUGCCCUACGCAGCUCCGUCAUCCAGGAGCUCCGAGAGCAGUACAGCGAGGCUCCGGAGGAGAUCAGAGACCGCAGAGACUUCCAGACAGAGCGCCAGAGUAGAGAGGAGCUGCACAGGAAAAACUAUGAAGAGUCCAUGAUGGUGCGUCUGAACAUGACCCGGGAGGAGAAGGCACGAAAGAGAGGCUUAGUGGGCAUGAGCUCCCAGCUAAGCAGUAUCACACGCUUUAGUGACAUCACAGCUCUGACAGGUGGUGAAAGACAGGAUAUGGACAACCCUCGUCCCAAAAAGAAAAAGAAAAUUAUGAAGAAGAAAACUAAAAAAAGAGGUUUUAAGAAACAGAAAUAGGAUUGUACAUAAGAGGAUGAAGACCCUGAGUUUUCCUAUUGCCCAUUUAUUGCCCUCUAAGAAUGAAUCAGGAAGACCGGUUUCCCUUUGGAUCAUCACCCUUACUUGGAGUUUGUCUUUA